UUGCGCUGCACAGCGCUCCAACGGGAUUUCGAGUGGAAAUGUGGCUUUUCUGGCUCCACUGAACAUACCGUUGCGUUGAGCGCACCGCACUGCCUACAGUAUUAUCGGUAUCGUUCGCAAACCCGCAGUAUUGAGUGUGUGAUCCAAAGUGUUGCUAAAAGGAAAACCCCAGGAGGAAAACCCCGUCAACGCGGUGUGUGUCGUUUGGUUCCGCCGGAAGGGAAAAUCGAUUACGGAAGCGGAGCCUUUCCCCCCGGUGCGGAAGGAUAUUAUCGCACGCGACUCCAACACCGGUAGUGGAAAACUAUGGAAAAGUGUGAUACAAACCCUGGUGACACGGAGCCACCCAACAACGGGGUACCCACGGUCCUGACGAACGGAAACGCCACAACAGACGUCACCGAAUCUACUUCAGCAGAUUCCCUUGACGCAGUCACAGCACAGGUCAGCCAUCAGCUGAAGCAGGUGUCCCUGUCCAAUGCAAACUUCCUCGGCCAACCAACUCCUCGUCCGCAAAAACAGCGUACCGGUCCCGAGCGGACCGUCUUCAUAAACGGCCGGCGGGAGGAAGCCUACCAGCAACAGCAGCCGUCCGUUUGCGCUCCCGUUGAUACGAACGACAACCAUAUCAAAAUGGCAGACAGCAUCGCGUCCGUCGAUGCGGUGGUGGGCGGUGGGACUACUCCGGCAGUGGACCAAAACAACCCACCCGUCCAGCAGUCCGAGCGCGCCAGCUUCAUCGUCGGCGAGGACAGCACGAUAGAUGACGAGCUGGAGGCGAACGAUGCGUUUCCGCAAACGAUGGAAAAUGGUGCCCUCCGGAGCAGCUCGUCGUACGAGAUCAAUCUGACCGAGAAGAGGCGCCGUCUGAGGCCUAGUAUGUCCCAUGGCACGGGACUGGGACUUCAGCGUGGCCAGGAACGUGACUUUGUCCUCUCGACAACGGAAGAGUUUGUGAAGAAGUUCAACGGCACACGGGUGAUCAAUAAGGUUCUCAUCGCGAACAAUGGUAUCGCAGCGGUCAAGUGUAUGCGGUCGAUUCGCCGAUGGUCGUACGAAAUGUUUAAGAACGAGCGUGCGGUACGCUUCGUGGUCAUGGUCACGCCGGAAGACCUGAAAGCGAACGCCGAGUACAUCAAGAUGGCCGACCACUACGUGCCGGUUCCGGGCGGUUCGAACAACAACAACUACGCCAACGUGGAGCUGAUCGUGGACAUCGCGCUGCGCACGCAGGUCCAAGCGGUGUGGGCCGGUUGGGGCCACGCGUCGGAAAAUCCAAAGCUGCCCGAUCUGCUGCACCGCAAGGGGCUGGUGUUUCUCGGGCCACCCGAGCGGGCCAUGUGGGCGCUCGGUGACAAGGUCGCCUCCUCGAUCGUGGCGCAGACGGCCGAAAUCCCGACCCUCCCGUGGUCCGGCUCGGAGCUGAAGGCUCAGUACAGUGGGAAGAAGAUUAAGAUUUCCAGUGAGCUGUUCGCGCGGGGUUGUGUGACCACGUCCGAGCAGGGAUUGAUUGCGGCCGGCAAGAUCGGGUUCCCGGUGAUGAUAAAAGCGUCGGAGGGUGGUGGUGGUAAGGGUAUCCGCCGGGUGGACAGCCCGGACGAGUUUCCGGCACUGUUCCGGCAGGUGCAGGCGGAAGUGCCCGGUUCGCCGAUCUUCGUGAUGAAGUUGGCCCGCGGUGCGCGCCAUCUCGAGGUGCAGCUGUUGGCCGAUCAGUACGGCAAUGCAAUCAGUUUGUUUGGGCGCGAUUGUUCGAUUCAGCGGCGUCAUCAGAAGAUCAUCGAAGAGGCACCCGCCGUCAUCGCCGAUCCGGCCGUGUUCGAGGACAUGGAGAAGGCGGCGGUACGGCUCGCCAAGAUGGUGGGGUACGUGAGUGCCGGUACGGUGGAAUAUCUGUACGAUGCGGAGGGCAAAUACUUCUUCCUCGAGCUCAACCCCCGUCUGCAGGUGGAGCAUCCGUGCACAGAGAUGGUGGCCGAUGUGAACCUGCCGGCGUGCCAGCUGCAGAUCGGUAUGGGUAUCCCGCUGUACCGCAUCAAGGACAUUCGGCUGCUGUACGGUGAGAACCCGUGGGGCAGCACGGUGAUCGACUUUGACAAUCCACCGCAAAAGCCCCGCCCAUGGGGUCACGUCAUCGCGGCUCGUAUCACCUCGGAGAACCCGGACGAGGGUUUCAAGCCAAGCUCGGGCACGGUACAGGAGUUGAACUUCCGCUCGAGCAAGAACGUCUGGGGGUACUUCAGUGUGGCCGCCUCGGGUGGGCUGCACGAGUUCGCCGACUCACAGUUUGGGCAUUGCUUCUCGUGGGGUGAAAAUCGACAGCAGGCCCGCGAGAACCUUGUGAUCGCGCUGAAGGAACUUUCGAUCCGCGGUGAUUUCCGUACGACGGUCGAGUACCUGAUCACGCUACUCGAAACGAACAGUUUCCUGGACAACACGAUCGACACGGCAUGGCUCGACGCACUGAUCGCCGAGCGCGUGCAGUCGGACAAACCGGACAUCAUCCUGGGGGUGGUGUGCGGUGCGCUGCACAUUGCCGACCGCAAGGUAACGGAUGCGUUCGCAAGCUUUAAGAGUUCGAUGGAGAAGGGUCAGAUCCAGGCGGCAAAUACGCUCACGAACGUGAUCGACGUGGAGCUGAUCGCGGAAGGUGUACGGUACAAGGUGCAGGCGGCCAAGAGCGGCCCCAACACGUACUUCUUGGUGAUGAAUGGGUCGUUCAAGGAGGUGGAAGUGCAUCGGCUCUCGGACGGUGGAAUGCUGCUCUCGCUCGAGGGUUCCAGCUACACGACGUACAUGAAGGAGGAGGUCGACCGAUAUCGGAUCGUGAUCGGCAAUCAAACGUGCGUGUUCGAGAAGGAGAACGAUCCUUCACUGUUGCGCUCACCGUCGGCCGGUAAGGUGAUCAGUCUGCUGGUGGACGAUGGGGCACACGUGUCCAAGGGACAGGCGUACGUUGAAAUCGAAGUGAUGAAGAUGGUUAUGACACUGAAGGCGAACGAAGCCGGUACGGUGACGUUCGUGCGACGGCCCGGAGCAGUGCUGGACGCCGGUACACUCAUCGGUCACCUCGAGCUGGACGAUCCAUCGUUAGUGACGAAGGCACAACCGUACAAGAACCCCUGGCCGAUCAUUGAGAAUGUGCAGAUCCCCGAGAAACUCAACCGUGUGCACUCGAGCUACAAGAUCAUCCUGGAGAACACACUGGCCGGAUACUGCCUGCCCGACCCAUACAAUGCUCCACGGUUGCGUGAAAUCAUUGAAAAGUUCAUGCAAAGUCUCCGUGACCCAUCGCUGCCGUUGCUCGAACUGCAGGAGGUGAUCGCGUCCAUUUCCGGCCGCAUUCCGCUCUCGGUGGAAAAGAAGAUCCGCAAAAUGAUGCAACUGUAUGAGCGAAAUAUUACCAGCGUGUUGGCCCAGUUCCCUUCGCAGAUGAUCGCGAGUGUGAUCGACAGUCACGCGGCAACGCUUCAGAAGCGUGCCGAUAGGGAUGUGUUCUUCCUCACGACGCAGGGCAUCGUGCAGCUGGUGCAGCGCUACCGGAACGGCAUCCGAGGUCGCAUGAAGGCGGCCGUACACGAGCUACUCAAGCAGUACUAUGCCGUCGAAUCGCAGUUCCAGCACGGCCAUUACGACAAGUGUGUGGCGGCCAUUCGCGAGAAAUACAAGGACGACAUGGACAUGGUGGUCGGUACGAUCUUUUCGCACAGUCAGGUCGCGAAGAAGAACCUGCUCGUGACGCUGCUGGUCGACCAUCUGUGGGCGAACGAGCCGGGCCUUACGGAUGAGCUGGCGGCCACGCUCAGCGAGCUGACAUCGCUCAACCGGGCCGAACAUUCGCGGGUAGCCUUGCGUGCCCGCCAGGUCCUCAUUGCCGCCCAUCAGCCGGCCUACGAGCUGCGCCACAAUCAGAUGGAAUCGAUCUUCCUCUCGGCGGUCGAUAUGUACGGGCACGAUUUCCAUCCGGAGAAUCUGCAGCGGUUGAUCCAGUCGGAAACGUCCAUCUUCGAUAUUUUGCACGAUUUCUUCUACCACUCAAACCGGGCCGUUUGUAACGCCGCGCUGGAGGUGUACGUACGCCGUGCGUACACUUCGUACGAGCUGACCUGCCUGCAGCAUCUGGAGCUGUCCGGGGAGGUACCGCUGGUACACUUCCAGUUCCUCCUGCCAACUGCACACCCGAACAGAUACAACUCGGAAGGAAACGAUCCGGAUGCCAUCCCGGACUCGUUCAUGCGCACCGGAUGCAUGGCGGCGUUCGAUUCGUUCGAACACUUCAAUCAAUACUCGGACGAAAUACUGGACCUGCUGGAGGACUACGCGUCGCCCGUGUUCGUCAACCCGAAGGUGCUGGAAGCCGUCGACGGUGGCGACUCGGAUCGGCGCAUGAGCACCUCGAUCAACGUGUCCAUUUCCGACCAGGUGAAUCGGGUUGUCGAGGCGGAAGGUGCAGCUCCACGACCGUCGGAAGCGAUACACAUCCUAAGCAUAGCCGUACGCGACAUGGGAGAUAUGGAUGAUCACCAGAUGGAACAAGUGUUUGGCUCGUUCUGCAAUCAACAUCGCGAGGAGCUGUUAAGCCGUCGUGUGAGAAGAAUCACUUUUGCCGCGUUGAAAAAACGUCAAUUCCCGAAGUUCUUUACCUACCGUGCGCGCGAUCAGUUUGAGGAGGAUCGCAUCUAUCGCCAUCUGGAGCCGGCCUGUGCCUUCCAGCUGGAGCUUAAUCGUAUGAAAACGUACGACCUCGAGGCUUUACCGACGGCCAACCAAAAGAUGCAUCUCUAUCUCGGCCGUGCGAAGGUCCCCAAGGGUCAGGAGGUAACCGAUUUCCGGUUCUUCAUUCGCUCGAUCAUCCGCCACUCGGAUCUGAUCACGAAGGAGGCUUCGUUCGAGUACCUCCAGAACGAGGGCGAACGGGUGCUGCUGGAGGCGAUGGACGAGCUGGAGGUUGCCUUCUCACAUCCGCAGGCGAAGCGCACGGAUUGUAAUCACAUUUUCCUCAACUUCGUCCCGACCGUCAUCAUGGAUCCGGCGAAGAUCGAAGAGUCGGUCACUAAGAUGGUGAUGCGGUAUGGGCCAAGGUUGUGGAAGUUGCGAGUGCUACAGGCCGAGCUGAAGAUGGUCAUCCGCCAGACGCCACAGUCACCGACAACGUCCGUGCGGCUCUGCAUCGCAAACGAUUCCGGCUACUUCCUCGACAUCGCCAUGUACACCGAGGUGACCGAGCCGGAAACGCACGUGAUCAAGUUCCAGGCGUACGGCAAUCGGCAGGGUCCGCUGCACGGACUGCCCAUUUCUUCCGCGUACAUGACCAAAGACUUCCUGCAGCAGAAGCGCUUCCAGGCGCAAUCGAACGGCACAACGUACGUGUACGACAUCCCGGACAUGUUCCGCCAGAUGACCGAGCGGCUGUGGAAGGAGUUCUCCAAGGCGCGCCCCACCGAGGAUAUACGCAUCCCGGAGAAGAUUCUGCUCGAGUGCAACGAGCUCGUGCUGAACGGGGACACAUUGGAGGAGAUCCAGCGGUUGCCGGGCGAGAACAACGUGGGCAUGGUGGCGUGGCGGAUUGUGCUCGCGACACCCGAGUUCCCGUCGGGGCGUGAAAUCAUCGUCAUCGCUAACGAUCUUACUUAUCUGAUUGGGUCGUUCGGGCCACAGGAGGACAUGCUGUUUUACAAGGCCUCAGAGCUGUCCCGACAACGGAAGUGUCCCCGGAUCUACAUUUCGGUGAACAGUGGCGCCCGAAUUGGGCUGGCCGAAGAGGUGAAAUCUCUGUUUAAGGUCGCCUGGGAGGAUACGGAAGAGCCGGAGAAAGGCUUUAAAUAUCUUUACCUCACGACGGAGGAUUAUAGUAAGAUCGCAAACACAAACUCGGUACGCGCGAUUCUGAUCGAAGAUGAAGGAGAACCGCGCUACAAGAUCACCGACAUCAUUGGCAAGACGGACGGGUUGGGUGUGGAGAACCUUCGGUACGCUGGAAUGAUCGCGGGAGAGACGUCUCGCGCGUACGAAGAUGUCGUCACCAUCUCGAUGGUAACGUGCCGUACGAUCGGCAUCGGUUCGUACCUGGUGCGACUGGGGCAGCGUGUGAUUCAGAUUGAAAACUCCCACAUCAUCCUGACCGGAUUCGCGGCCCUAAACAAGCUGCUGGGGCGGAAGGUGUACGCCUCGAACAACCAGCUCGGUGGCAUCCAGAUUAUGCACAACAACGGCGUCACGCACAAGACGGAAGCGCUCGACCUGGAUGGUGUGUACACGGUGAUGCACUGGCUGUCCUACAUUCCGAACGUACGCGGUGGCAUCCUGCCGAUCGUGUCGACGAGCGAUCCGAUCGAGCGGGUGAUCGACUUCACGCCCACAAAGGCACCGUACGAUCCGCGCUGGAUGCUGGCGGGCCGCUACAAUCCCUCGAAUCCGUCCGACUGGGAGACGGGCUUCUUCGAUCGGGGCACGUUCGGUGAGGUGAUGGAACCAUGGGCCCAGACGGUUGUGACGGGCCGGGCGAAGCUCGGUGGCAUUCCGGUCGGCGUGAUCGCCGUGGAGACGCGCACCGUCGAGGUCACCAUACCGGCCGAUCCGGCCAACCUCGACUCGGAGGCGAAAACAUUCCAACAGGCCGGUCAGGUGUGGUUCCCCGAUUCAUCCUUCAAGACCGCCCAGGCGAUAAAGGACUUUGGGCGCGAGGAGCUACCGCUCAUCAUUUUGGCCAACUGGCGUGGAUUCUCCGGUGGUCAGAAAGAUAUGUACGAACAAAUCGUUAAGUUUGGUGCGUACAUCGUGGACGGAUUGCGGGAGUAUAAGCAGCCGGUGAUCGUGUACUUGCCACCGAACGCGGAACUUCGAGGUGGUGCUUGGGCCGUACUGGAUCCCACGAUCAACCCCCGCUACAUGGAAACGUACGCCGAUCCGGAGUCGCGAGCCGGUGUCCUCGAGCCGGAGGGCAUCGUGGAGGUGAAGUACAAGGAAAAGGAUAUCGUCAAGACGAUCCACCGUAUCGACCCGGUUGUGCUGGAUUUGAAAAAUCAAUUGGAAGCCGCGGGAGACAACAAGACAGUUGUAGCUGAGGUGGAAACCAAGAUCAAGGCACGCACGAACGCACUGCUGCAAAUCUACCACCCGGUGGCGGUUCACUUUGCCGACCUGCACGACACACCCGAGCGAAUGCUGGAGAAGAGUUGCAUUAGCGAGAUCGUACCGUGGCGCAACUCGCGCCGCUGGAUCUACUGGCGGCUGAGGCGGUUGCUGCUGGAGGAACACUUCAUCAAACAGAUCCUCGAGGCGCAGGAAGGAGUUUCCGUUGGGCAGGCGAGGUCGAUGUUGCGCAGAUGGUUUGUCGAGGAUAAGGGUGCAACGGAGGCUUACCUUUGGGAAGCGAACGAAUCCGCGGUCGAUUGGUUGGAGAACCAGAAACGUGUCGAUUCAACCGUUUCGCGCAAUAUCUACGCCGUUAAGAAGGACGCAAUAAUCUCACAGAUUCAGCAAUCGUUAAAUGAUUGUCCGGAGGUGGCUUUGGAUGCGGUGGUUGGCCUCUGUCAAGCCCUCUCGCCAGCGCAACGCGGUGAGGUGGUGAAAACGCUAGCGCAGCUCGAGUUCACGGACAAGGAGCACAGCAGCCUUGGAUGACAACGUUUCGGCUGCGCAUAACGGAAGCGAUCGAGGCGUAAACGAUAAACUUUUCAGGGGUUUUAGGCGGGGUGCUAGGCAUAAUCAAAGCACCCUUAGACACAAUUGCAGUAUGGUGAGAUAUUCUAGGUGCAGCAAGAAAACAACGCGAGGCAUUUCGCUACCAAAACACGAACCACGACUGUACAAAAACGUAAUAUUGGGAAGUUCUCAUCUUCCCUAGAGCCCCUCGGGAUCAUUACUCCUGGUCCUACAGGAGGAAGACCCGUUGCUUCGGUAUAUUAAAUAGUUCUUAGGCUGGUUUGCAGCGGCGGUGGUUAAGGUUAGGAAAUCAUCUAAACGUUAUUGCCUGGAAACGAACGAACAAGUUCAUACAUUUCGUCCUUUCGCUCUCAAUUUAAAUAAGCACCCGCACAUAGCGAAGAUUUACACUCGGAAUUGUGAAUAUGAUGCACAGCAGGAAAAAGAGAUCAAAUACCACACCCACGGCGGAUGGGCAUUCGAAGUUACUCUUCACUAUGAAAGCAUACACAAACACACCCCACACAAAUGUUCACGUUUGGACUCGUUACGACAAAGACGCGAAUUAAAAGAAAAUGGUUUUGAAAAAGCAUAUAAAAGUAACAAAAAACAAAUGAAUUAAAAGUCCGUCUGAAUCGGACUCUACGCAUCCGUACUGUACUGUAGACUGUACUGAGUUAUCUAAAUAUUAUUAACCCAUACAUUCGUUGUUAUAAAGAACGAUAGGUUAGUUUAAAUCGUUGCUAGAGUAGUUACUUAUAAGUUUCUUUGAAAUUCAUCUCUUCUAGCGCUAGGUGUUCGUAACAUUUUUGGCCUCGAAUGUUGAUUUUGGAUAAUUUUUCGCAGGUGAACAAGGAGAUUGAACUAAAUAGACGAAAGGGUUUUUUUUUGUUAAGCUACCGGUUGAGUUUUGUACAGCAUUUCCGUUCAGCAGGCAGCAACCAUCAAAGGGCUUCUGAAUAAAACUCCUAAAUACUUAAA